AACGCUUCCUACUAUGUACAUCGCAGCUACCAUUUUAUUACUUAGUAAAUAAAAUACAAGUAUAUUUGGUUGUUUUAAGCCAUAUAUACUCCAUUGCUUAGUUUUCUCUUUCAAUUCAUUUCCUAGAAAUAUAUAUCAACAUGAGAGCACAGCCUACCGACUCUUAUCGCACUGACUAAUCCUACCAUCGAGACACCGACAACCAUGGCGAGCAAAUCUCGCUGGGCAGACACCGAAGAGGAUGCAGCCUACGAAGCCAAACUUAAACGUGAUAAGGAAGAAAAGAAGCGUCUGAAAGCCGAGAAAGCACGAGCAGCAGAAGAAGCACAACGCGCCCAGGCUGAAGCCGAAGCAGCGAGGCAACGAGCCGCACAAGAGAAGCAACAAAGUCAAGAUGAUAGACCACCCGCGAAGCGACGAAAAAUAACGCCCGAGAGAGGUCAAGAAGGUGAUGGAACAAACGAAGAAAACAACAACAAUCCAAAACUCCUACGCUUCGAGGCUGGCAGUUGGGGCAAGUCGCGCAGCGUCGAGAACUACGAUAAGCUAAACGACAUCGAGGAGGGAGCGUACGGCUGGGUGGCACGAGCAAAGGAGAUCAAAACAGGGAAAGUAGUCGCGCUCAAACGCCUGAAGAUCGACCCCAACGACACCGUCGGCCUACCCGAGACGGGGCUCCGCGAAAUACAAAUCCUGAAAGAUUGCUCGCACCGGAACAUCGUCGAGCUCCGCGAAGUCGUUGUCGGCGACGACACCUCGCGUAUCGAAAACGUGUUUCUCGUCCUCGAAUUCCUCGAACAUGACCUAAUGUCCAUCCUCGGGGACAUGCCAGAACCCUUCCUAGCCUCCGAAGUCAAGACACUACUCCUCCAGCUCGCUGGGGGUGUAUCAUACCUGCACGACCACUGGAUCCUGCACCGAGACCUAAAGACAUCCAACCUCCUCCUCAAUAACCGCGGACAGCUGAAGAUCGCCGACUUCGGCAUGGCGCGCUACGUCGGCGACCCGCCACCUCCAAAGCUAACCCAGCUCGUCGUAACGCUCUGGUACCGCGCCCCAGAGCUCCUCCUCGGCACAAAGACCUACAACGGCGCGGUCGACAUGUGGAGCGUAGGCUGCAUCUUCGGGGAGCUUCUGACACGGGAGCCGUUACUUCAAGGCAAGACCGAAGUCGACGAGCUGACCAAAAUCUUCGAGCUAUGCGGCAUCCCCUCGGACGAGUCAUGGCCAGGCUUCCGUCGUCUGCCCAACGCGCGACACCUACGCCUACCCAAAGCGUCCGCCGCGCACGCGGGGCCCGUAAUACGCGCACGGUUCCCGCUCUUAACAACGGCGGGCUGUGAGCUACUAAGCGGGCUCCUCUCGUUAGACCCAGAGAGGCGGCCCACGGCGCGCGAGAUGCUGCAGCACGAGUACUUCCGACAAGAUCCUAAACCCAAGCACGAGGCCAUGUUCCCAACAUUCCCUAGCAAGGCGGGCCAGGAACGGCGGAGAAGACGGUCGACGCCGAAUGCGCCGGGGAGAGGGCAGAAGGCGGCUGAACUAGGGGCCGUGGACUUCAGUGGGAUAUUUGCGGCGAGGGAGAAGGAGGAGCGGGGUGGUGGGUUUGCGUUGAGAAUGGUUUAAUACGUAGGUAGUUAUAUUAUCUACAAAAAGGGUGCGAACUUGGGUAAACGCAAAAUCAGAAGCAAAAGCCACAUUGAGUGAGCAUUACAAUUAUAUGAUACC